GCGCCGAGCUGAUAAAGGCGCCAUUUUGGAGGGGCCGCGGGAGACGUGGUGUCGCUGCGGGCUCUCUCUGCCGUGCGCUAGGCUUGGUGGGAAGGCCUGUUCUCGAGUCCGCGCUUUUUGUCGCCGCCAUGUCGGGAGGUGGUGUGAUUCGUGGCCCGGCAGGGAACAACGAUUGCCGCAUCUACGUGGGUAACUUACCUCCAGACAUCCGAACCAAGGACAUUGAGGACGUGUUCUACAAAUACGGUGCUAUCCGUGACAUCGAUCUCAAGAAUCGCCGCGGAGGACCGCCCUUCGCCUUCGUUGAGUUCGAGGACCCUCGAGACGCGGAAGACGCGGUAUAUGGUCGCGACGGCUAUGAUUACGAUGGAUACCGUCUGCGGGUGGAGUUUCCUCGAAGCGGCCGUGGCACCGGCCGAGGCGGCGGCGGGGGUGGAGGUGGCGGGGCUCCCCGAGGCCGCUAUGGCCCCCCAUCCAGGCGUUCUGAAAACAGAGUGGUUGUCUCUGGACUGCCUCCAAGUGGAAGCUGGCAGGAUCUGAAGGAUCACAUGCGUGAAGCAGGUGAUGUAUGUUAUGCUGAUGUUUACCGAGAUGGCACUGGUGUCGUGGAGUUUGUACGGAAAGAAGAUAUGACCUAUGCAGUUCGAAAACUGGAUAACACUAAGUUUAGAUCCCAUGAGGGAGAAACUGCCUACAUCCGGGUUAAAGUUGAUGGGCCCAGAAGUCCAAGUUAUGGAAGAUCACGAUCUCGAAGCCGUAGUCGUAGCAGAAGCCGUAGCAGAAGCAACAGCAGGAGUCGCAGUUAUUCCCCAAGGAGAAGCAGAGGAUCACCACGCUAUUCUCCCCGUCAUAGCAGAUCUCGCUCUCGUACAUAAGAUGAUUGGUGACACUUUUUGUAGAACCCAUGUUGUAUACAGUUUUCCUUUACUCAGUACAAUCUUUUCAUUUUUUAAUUCAAACUGUUUUGUUCAGAAUGGGCUAAAGUGUUGAAUUGCAUUCUUGUGUAAUAUCCCCUUGCUCCUAACAUCUACAUUCCCCUCAUGUCUGAUAAAAUGUAUUUUAAGUGAUGUCAUAGACAGGAUUGUUUAAAUUUAGUUAACUCUCCAUGCUCUUCAGACUGUGAUAUUGUGUAAAUGUCUAUUCUGCUCUGGUUUGUGUGAACUGGGGAUGUUGGGGGGUGUUUGUGGUUAUCUUACCUGGGGAAGUUCUUAUGUUUAUCUUGCUUUUCAUGUGUCUUUCUGUAGACAUAUCUGAAGAGAUGGAUUAAGAAUGCUUUGGAUUAAGGAUUGUGGAGCACAUUUCAAUCAUUUUAGGAUUGUCAAAAGGAGGAUUGAGGAGGAUCAGAUCAAUAAUGGAGGCAAUGGUAUGACUCCAAGUGCUAUUGUCACAGAUGAAAUUGGCAGUAUUGACCUUAUACUAAAAGGCAAGGGUUUAAAGUGAUUAUAUACAUCUACCUUAAAACACUUGCAAACAUCUUAUGCAGUUAUCUUUAGCUACAAUUGCUUUGCUCUUUAAACCUUGGCAAUUGUGGCAAAUGUUACAUUGCCCAUUUUGUAACAAUUUAUUUUGCUCCCUUCCCCCCUUUUUUGUUUUAAUAGGGACUAAUGUGGGAAGAACUGGCUAAUUUGUCACAGUGCUUAGUUACAACUGUUAAUGUGUGACCUGCUGUUGGUGUACAUGUGGGUACAGGGUGUCUUUAAUUCCAACCAGAUAGAGUAUAAUAUCAAUACUGCUAAAUCUGCAUGUCCUCUGUGUGACUGAUAUAGCGUUGCUAUUUCAUUUUUUUAAGACAAAAUGAAAGCAAAAUAGAGAAUUCCAAUGUAUUGGUGUAGAUAAUCUAGUUGGGAAUACUUUUUAAGUCUCACCUUCCCCUUUUAACUAAUAUUCAUAAUUGACUCGUUUAAAACACUUUAAUUUACAAAUUAAAUUGCAGAUGGGAGCAUUAGGUUUAGUUUAGACUUAGGGUGGGUAGCAAUACCAGUAAACUUUUCAACUACAUAACUUUUUGCAACCACAAAACCUGUAAUACGCUGUACAGUAACAAGUGUUGGCAUUAUCAGUUGAACUGUAAAUAUAAAAUGCUUCUUCCAAUUAGUCUCUAUGAUGAUUAAGUUUCUAAAAUUUAUCUGAACACCAUUCAGAAACUUGUUUUGGGGAAUUUGAUAGUUAUUGAUGUACAUCUGUUAAACUGAUGACAGACAUAACUCAUCAUUCCCCAGAAACCUUUUUUGAUUACAGUAUCUAACAUUUUGCCUCCUCUUUUUUGGUUUUGCUGGUUAUAAAGGUUUGGAUUGGAGAGGGCUCACUGGAUCCCAAUCCUUGGAGCUGGAUCAUUGGAUUCAAAUCAUAAUGUGGAUAGGAUAGGGAGGAUGAAUUACAAGGAUUCAUGGAGCGGGAUCAGAUUACCAGGAACAUAGGAGUGGAUUCCUGCCCCAACCAAACCGCAUUCGUGUGGAUUUUUUUUUUUUUUUUAUUCAACUUAAUUGGCUAUUCCAAAGAUUUUUUUUUUUCCUAUUUUUGACGAUUGGAGCCCUUAAGAUGCACGAUGGAAUUGUGUUUUGCAUUUUUUGGUAAAAGGAGCAAAGCGAGGACCUGGAGAUAAUACGCUGGAGCAAUCUCCUUGGAAGGAUUCAGCACGAGUAGAUGGUAAACAUUUAAAGGGGAAAGGGGGGGUUUGUUUAAAAUAGUAAAUCAGUAAGUCACUUCUAAAUUUAAAGAACAAAAUUGGAGUUGAAGAAUAAGUAGGUUUCCAAUUGGCUAUUGCCGUUUUUCUUUGAAAAAAAAAUAAACAUUUUUUAAAAAACUA